CAAGCAGGUUUUCAUCCAUACCUCGGCUGUACUGUGAUGGCUCUGGCAAUUUUUCAGCCCCUUAUGGCAGGUUUCAGACCGGCUCCACAUGCACCAAGGAGGCAAUUGUUUAACUGGUUUCACUGGAGUACUGGUACAACAGCUAGAAUACUAGCUGUUGUGACUAUGUUCUUGGGAAUGGAUCUACCAGCACUUGACCUCCCAGACCCAUGGGAUACCUAUACAAUGUUUGGUUUUGUAGCUUGGCAUGUUGGAAUUGAUGUUCUUCUGGAAAUACACAGCUACUGCCUCAUACGUAAAGUUGAAGUGAUAGAAGAUGACAGAAUACAGAUACUGCAGUCGCUCACAUCUGCAGAAGCAGAG